AUGGCGAAACUGUUGGCCUCUCUUCUCGUCAUUUCUUUGUGCCAGCUCACAGCGCUGGCAUCUGUGGCACUCCAGUUCAACGGGUCGGUAUAUAAAGAUGUAUCACGGGCACCAGAAGAGCGAGCUAAAGACCUCCUGAAGUUGAUGACAUGGGAGGAGAAGGUCGGCCAGUUGGGUGGCAUCCGUCGGCUCGCCGAGAGGGUUAAUGGCGCACUGUCUUACAAUGAGACCUCUUUCGAGGAAAUUCGGAAGACACAGAAUGGGCAAAUUGGUUUCGGUGCCCCUACCAACUAUGCCCAUGAGCUGUUGCCCAUCGCUAACAAGGUACGGGCCGAGCAAAUCAACAACACACGUCUGGGCAUUCCAUACAUCACAAUCGCCGAUUCCGUCAAUGGCUUGAUGAUUUCAGGCGCCACCAUUUUCCCAGGGGCCAUCUCCAUGGGUGCAACAUGGAACAUUCCGCUUUACGAGCAAGCUAUCGCUGCGAUUCGUGAUGAGAACAUGGCGGUGGGGACUCACUGGGUACUUUCGCCCGAGGUUGACUUGGCCAAAGAUCCGAGGAACGGUCGGAAUGGCGAGAUGUUUGGAGAAGAUACAUACCUCGUUGGCGAGUUUGCUUCUCAUUACAUCAACAUCAUGCAAGAGAAAGAUGAAAACGGCUUUGUCAAGGUAGCUACCACGAUCAAGCACUGGGUCUAUGGUUCUAGCAGCGGUGGAGUCAACACAGCUAGCAUGCAGGGUGGACUGAACCACAUUCUGAACGACAUCGGCGCCCCAUACGUCAAGGCUAUCAGAGAUGCCAGCCCCCUUUCUCUGAUGGUUUCAUAUGCAAGCGUGGAUCAGAUACCCAUGUCCAGGAACAAGUAUCUCAACAAGGACAUUCUGAGAGACUUGCUAGGCUUCAAGGGGCUGAUCAUGUCCGACGCUGGCUCGAUUAGAAACAUGUACACCCAAUCCAAGGUGGCCAAGUCGUAUGCGGAUGCUGCCUUGAAAGCCCUUCGCGGUGGGUUGGAUCAUGAGCUAUCCCCGCGACCACCGUCCGCCUUCCCAACACUCAUCGACUCAAUCAACAACACGGAGAUCGCGGGACUCAUCGACGAGGCAGUGCACGCAAUCCUGCAGAUCAAGUUCGCAACUGGAACUUUCGAUCUUCCUCUACCCUCCGUCGAAAACAUGAACGCAACUCUUCGGAACGAGGAGCACCUCGAAAUUAACCGGAACAUCUCCAGAGAAGCUAUCGUUCUGCUCCAAAACGACGGAACCUUGCCCUUGAAAAGAGGUAACGUUCCCGGUGUCGCACUUCUCGGACCCUAUGCGGACAUCCUCAACACCGGCCAGUACGCCGCCAACAAUGCAUCAGAUCCAUCCUAUGGUGACACUUUUCGAACAAGCCUUGAGCGGAAGCUUGGGGCCGAUAAUGUCAAGUACGUGGCUGGUGUCGAUAUUCUUAGCACGAACGAUAGCUCUGGCAUUGAAACCGCCGUCGCCGCUGCGAAAGAGAUCGGGCUCGCCGUGGUUGUUCUCGGAUCUGGCUGGGGAUCGUUUGAUACCACGUACGAGUCGUUGCAUCGAACCGACGGUGAAGGUUUCAGUCAUCCUGAUCUCGGAUUCCCGGGCUUGCAGCAAGAUCUCUUAGAUGCCGUCCUUGAUGCAGGCGUACCAACAGUAUUGGUACUCAGCGGUGGACAGACGUUCCUGUUAAACGAGUCAACUAAGAGAUCAAAGGCGAUCCUUCACACCUGGCUCGCCGGAGAGUACACGGCUGACUCUUUGAUCGAGAUUCUCUUCGGGGAUGUCAACCCCAGUGGGAAGCUGACGAUCACAUUUCCCGAAGCAGAGGGCGCGUUUCCUGUUGCCUAUGAUUACUUCCCGUCGGAUGAUGAGGGCGGCUUCGGUACUGCGACACAAUACGACUGGCAUCUCCCGGAAUUGACACGCUAUGCUCCCAUUAGAUUCGGCUUCGGACUGAGCUAUACGAUUUUCAACAUCUCGUCGCCUUCUCUUGCAUGCCAAUCUGCCGGUAGUAGCAGCGCUUCCACCUCAUGUGGCCAGAACAACCAGGUAACUGUCACAGUUACCGUGAGCAAUACUGGAAGUGUUUCUGGUCAGGAGAUUGUUCAGCUCUACUACCGCCCGGAAUACACCCAGAUUGAGUUUCCGGUCAUGAAACUCAUUCGCUUCCAUAAGGUUGCAAUUACAGCAGGCGAGUCGAAAGAAGUUACACUGACAGUUCCGUACAACGAGCUUGGCUAUUUUGUCGAUGGAGAGUGGGUGGUUGAGACAGGACUUUACAACUUCUGGGUGGGGAGCAGCUCCAGGACUGAGGAUCUGCAAAGUCUGAACGCAACUCUGAUCUAA